AUGAAGCCCUCGUUGCUGGUGUGGUCGCUCCUAUCGCUUGUCGCGCUUCCGACCUUCGCCACUCCCUCAGAUGAUGCGCCAGAGAACACCCUGGUAAAAAGGGAUCCAGAUUCGGAAUCUGUCAGCACCACCUUCAACAACAUUGAGGUGCCCCCCCAGAAGCUAUUGACCCCCGAAAACUUUCAAGAUACUAUCAAGGAUGGCUACUGGUUUGUUAAGCACUAUUCCCCCAGCUGUCCACACUGCCAGCACAUCGCACCCACGUGGCAGACCUUAUACGAGUUCUAUUAUACGUCCGACCCGUUGUCGACAGCUUCAGCCAAAACACCCGAUGUACAGUCCUCUUUGAAUUCCUUUACCGGUUUCUAUAAUUUCCAUUUUGCGUCGAUGAACUGUCUCGCGUACAUGGACCUGUGCCAAAAGCUCGAUGUGAAAUACUUCCCCACUUUCGCUCUUUACCACAAUGGCGAGCUGUUGGAACAAUACUCCGGUCCGAAGACGAUGGAAGGUUUAAGUCACUUUAUCGAGGAGAAGUUGGAGUUAAUUCGACCUGGUUCUCGACCCCGAAAGGGACUGAAGCUGCCGAAGCCCGGUGCCAAAAGUGUGGACACCAAGGCGGAGCCUGAUAAGCCUGAGGCGAAGGAUAAGGAUCCCGAGGCGGGCAUCAAGGCCGGUGAAAAGCACAACGAACAGGCUGCGCAGCUCGCCAGCAAGACGGCUCAGGAUAAUUCCGCUGCCACCAAGGCCACUGGCAAAAAGCCUACCUCGACUGUUGUCCCCAAUCCUCAAGGAAUCUCGGUCCCAUUGACAGCAGAGAGCUUCCAAAAGUUUGUCACAAAGACGCGGAACCCCUGGUUCAUCAAAUUCUAUGCGCCAUGGUGCACUCACUGUCAAGCGCUGGCUCCCAACUGGCAUCAGAUGGCUAAAGAGAUGAAGGGCAUUUUGAAUGUCGGUGAAGUCAAUUGCGACGUUGAAACUCGACUUUGCAAAGAUGCUGGCGUGAAGGGAUAUCCGACAAUCUAUUUCUUCAAGGGUGGAGAGAAGGUCGAGUAUGAAGGCCUGCGUGGACUAGGCGAUCUCAUCACUUGGGCUGAAAAAGCCGUCGAAGUCGCCUCGGGUGUUCAAUACGUGGAUGCAGCCAAGUUUAAGGAAUUGGAAGAGAAGGAGGAAGUGAUCUUCCUGUACUUUUUUGACCAUGCGACCACUUCGGAGGAUUUCAUCGCACUGGAACGCUUGACGCUGAGCCUGGUUGGCCACGCCCGGCUCGUCAAGACCGAUAGUGCUGCGCUUGCGGAAAGGUUCAAGAUCUCAACUUGGCCCCGUCUUCUGGUUGUCAGGGACGGUCGGCCUACGUAUUACAACGCCCUCGCUCCCAGGGAUAUGAGGGACUUCCACCAGGUGUUGAACUGGAUGAAAAGUGUCUGGCUGCCAAUUGUGCCUGAGCUGACCGCUUCGAACGCGAGGGAGAUCAUGAAUGGCAAGUUUGUUGUACUAGGCAUUCUCACCCACAGGCGGUCGGACGAAUUCAUGUUGGCGAAACGCGAGUUGAAGGAAGCUGCAAUGGAAUGGAUGGACAAGCAGGCGCAGCUCAUCCAGCUGGAGAGACAAGAACUCCGUGAUGCGAAGCAACUCCGUAUCGAGGAGGCCGAAGACCGCAACGACCAGCGCGCUUUGCGAGCUGCGAAGAGCAUGCAUAUCAACGUUAACGAGGAUGACAGAAAGCAAGUUGCGUUCGCAUGGGUCGAUGGUGAUUUCUGGGAGCGUUGGCUCCGGACUACGUACGGUAUUGAUGUGAAGAACGGGGAGCGUGUUAUUAUCAACGAUGAAGACAACCGACGCUACUGGGACACCGCUGCUAGUGGAGCACCGAUCAUGCCUUCACGGACCUCGAUUCUGGAGACGAUUCCUCUGGUCAUUAGCAACCCGCCCAAGCUCAAGUCCAAGUCCACCAUCGGCACGAUUGAAUCUGCAUUCUUCCACACCCGCUCCUUUAUUGCCAACCAUCGCAUUGUUUCCAGCUCCAUUUUCAUCAUCUCCUUCAUUGUCGCUGCUGUCUUUGCGCGACGAAGGUUCCUGAAGCGGGGAUCCCUUGGCGGAUACGGCGGCGGCAUUCUCGGUUUUGGCAACGGUGGUGGCUUUUUCCGACUUGACGGAAAGGAGGGUAUCUUGAAUGGUGGUUCGACGGGCAAGGUCGAUUGA